AUGGCGUUACGAACGAUUCUACGGGGUCUAUAUCAUGAACGCCUGACCAUGGGGAUGAGCUCAUCGGUGCUCUCAGGAAAUGCCGGUACAUCGUGUAACCUAACAUCCACAGCAGCUCUGACCACUUUACCUCUGCCUGUGCGACUCAAUAUCAUCUAUCCGUGCUACGAUCAUUAUCGGAAAGCCAUACUUUUGAUUCAUGCCAUCCAACGUGUAAGUCCCAUUCCCUUGCUUGGCUCGCUGGCUGCGUAG